UCGUCAGAGCAGAACCUGGUUGCUUUCCAACAUGGCAGCAGUGUUUACUUUGUCACGAGAGUUAACAUUGAACCUGACCAAGAGCUCUUGUAUUGGUUUUCUAAAGAUUAUGCCCGGAUGCUUGGUAAGCAUUGAGAAUGUAUGUUUUAAUAAUAUGAAAGGGAAUAAUUUUGAAAAAUUGGCAACCGUGUUUGCCUUGGUAUUGUUUAUUUAUAAAAUACCAUGCUGCAUUAUUUAAGGAAGUCAUUUUAUUUGUGAUUCAUCAAUACAAGCAAUAUUUCAUCAUCUAUUUAUUGAACUGGAAAUAACGUAAGCAUAGAUUGGAUAUUUUGAAGCAAAUUACAAUUUUUAUCUUGGUUUUAAACAACUUUGUUUUUACAACUUUUAAGGUAUAACAGCAAAUCCCAAGAAUGCUCAUCAUCAACUCUGUCCUCACUGUAAUGUGUGCAAACAAGUAUUUCCAGAUAGGAAACAGGUAACCAACCAAACAAAAUUCAAGCCUCAUCAAAGCUUUCCAUCGUUUGCCUAAUAGAAAUAUUAAUUAAAUUGUUAGAAUGAUUUCAGAUUUCUAUCAAAUCAUUAAAAAAAAUAAAUUAUUUCAUUUCUGGUAAAUACCAUAAUAAGUGAAAUAUUAUGUGAUUAAUAGUUUAAAAUUGUACAUCUUGGUAGAUCUUAGCUUUUUCACAUUCAAAUAAAACAGUCUUAAAGCAUCUAGGAUGAUUCAUUUUUUCAAUAUUCCAAUUGAUUUCUUGUUAGGUUCGCAGUCAUACAAGAAUACAACAUCCAAAGCCAUGCACUAAAAAGUGCAGCCACUGCUCCCGCAGGUUUUCCCAAGUGUCACACCUCAAUGCUCACAUCACAUCUGUGCACCUGAGGGUCAAGAAGUUUGUGUGCCCCAACUGUGGGAAAAGAUUUUCGGACAGUAGUAACUUUAGGAAACACGUCAAAUCCCAUUCGGGUAAGUUCCAUCUCACUGUAGAUUGUAUUUAAAUAUCAAUCUGUCUGUCAAGUAACAUAAGGCCAAUUUUUUAGUCCGUAAAUUCUUUGCAGAGAAGUCAUAAGCUUAUGUUGUCAACAGAUGAAAGGUGCUUCAAGUGCCAGAUGUGCGGGAAAAGUUUUCGGCAAAAAGCCCAUCUCAUGCACCACAUGAACACACACAUGCCGGUGAAAAAUGAAGAGUGUGGGUUUUGUGGAGAGAGAUUUACACGGGCUUUCACAAGGAAACAACAUGAGCUGCAGCACACUAAACAGAACAAGAUUCAGUGCACUUAUUGUGAAAAGGUUGGUUUGCUUACCUUACUGGGCAGAAAAUAACUCAAUGAAUUUAUUGCAAGGAGGUUGGUUUUUUAAAAUAAAAAGAAGUAGCAGAAUAACAGUUUUAGCUAUAUUAAGUAGAAAGGAAUCUUUAUUGGUAAAUUUAUGCAAGCAAGCUUCUGUUUUUAUUAAUAGAUGGUCCUAGUUUAAAUAAAUUCCCCAAUUCAGAUAUGUAAAAUAACCUGUCCAUGUAACAUCUUCUCUUGACUGAGAAGAGAUAAUAAUUGAGAAGAGGGAAGUCAUAUGAUUAUUAUUAAAUUGAUGAAAAUUUGUUUGUAAAAACAAAUGAAAAAUUGAUUUACCCAUUAUUUGUUGUAAUUCAGGAUUUCAUCUGUUUAAAUAUAAAAAUGGUCCAUUUGCAUUUGCUGUUAUUGUAAUUGCUUGUUUUUGCUAAUUUAUAAAUAAUAAUUUAAAUGAAGUUAAUUGCAUAUUCUUUUAAUUUUGGGAAGCUAAAUUUAAAAAAAAAAAGUUAAUUACAUAGUGCUUUUUUACAAGUUUAUUUCUGCUUCCAUUUUUAGAUAUUCUACAAACAGCAAGUGUACAAACAGCACUUGAAAAUCCACCGCAAUGAACGCAACUAUGUUUGUACGCAUUGCAACAAAGCUUUCCGCACCAAAGCCAACCUCACACGCCAUGGGCCAGCAUGCAAGCAGAAAAAAUGUAUCCUUCCAUUGCCUACUUCUUCCUCGGUGUCAACCAUGACUGCUCCUCUACACAAGACAGUCCCCACUCUACCUACAGAGUUCCUACAUCCUAGUCAUCCUGAUGUCACAGUGUCCAGCUACAGUAAUGAUACCAAAACAUCAUCAGAUUCCAUCUAACAUUGUAACAUCAAUAACUUAUUUUUAAUCUUUACAUCAUGACUAUACAAAUUCUACACUAUCUUUCUGUUUGUGUACAAUUGUUUUACUGUUGCAAAUAUCUGUUCUUGAAAAAAUUGUUUAUGGUGUAAUUUAAAUAGUUACACUUUGUCAAAGUCACAAUUUAUUCUUAUUACUGACCUAAAGUGAACGUAUUGCUAUUGCAAUAAAUUUCAUGCAAUUUAUUUUUCUGGGGAAUGCUAGGACAUUGUAUCCACUGGCCCAACAGAAAUUGUAAAUAAUGUUACCCAACACUGAUUUUUGAAUCAACUACUCUUCAUAAAUUAAAUAUAU